GAAGCGGAAGCGCAAGCGCGGGGUAGGGGCGGGGCCCGGCGCGGAGCGAAGAUGCCGGCGCUGCUGGAGCGGCCCAAGCUCUCCUCGGCCAUGGCGCGCGCCCUGCACCGCCACGUCAUGGUGGAGCGCGAGCGCAAGCGGCAGGAGGAGGAGGAGGUGGACAAGAUGAUGGAGCAGAAGAUGAAGGAGGAGCAGGAGCGGCGCCGGAAAAAGGAGAUGGAGGAGCGCAUGUCCCUGGAGGAGACCAGAGAGCAGAUCUGUAAGCUGGGGGAGAGGCUGCAGGCCUUGCAGGAGGAGAAGCAUCAGCUUUUCCUGCAGCUGAAGAAGGUGCUGCAUGAGGAGGAGAAGCGCCGGCGCAAGGAGCAGAGUGACUUGACAACGCUGACGGCGGCAGCCUAUCAGCAGGGCAUGGUUGCGCAUGCCGGGACCCACAUCCUCAACAUGCAGGGGAGCCCCGGGGGGCACAGCCGGGCCGGGACGCUGAUCUCGGCCGACCGGAGCAAGCAGAUCUUUGCACCCCCCGUGAUCACGCAGACGCGGCACUUUGCCACCCAGCCGGCCUUCGCGCCCGGCACCCCAGAGCACGGGCAGUACCAGAGCGGGCAGGCCGGGCACAGCCCCUACGCCGUGGGGCAGGGCCAGCACUUCGCCCCAGGCCAGGCCGUGCCCGUCAGCUACGCCGGCAGCCAGCCCAUCCGUGGCCCCUCGGCCUUCCCCACCAUGCAGUACCUGUCGCAGCAGCCACCGGGGUACGCGCUCCACGGGCACUUCCCCCCCGCCCAGCCAGGGUUUCAUCCCCCCAGCACAACCAUUCCCCUGCAGAAGCAACUGGAACAUGCCAACCAGCAGUCCGGCUUCACCGACUCGUCGACCCUGCGCCCGAUGCACCCCCAGGCCCUGCACCCCAACCAGACCCUGCUGCCCAACCCCCAGCUCCCCGUCCAGAUGCAGCCGGCCAGCAAGUCGGGCUUCCCCGCCAGCAGCCAGCCGGCCUCACGUCACGCCUUCAUCCAGCACGCCCAGGAGCGCUUCUACCACAAGUGAGCCCCCGCCCGUCCCGCGGGGCGCCCAGCUCUGGGGAGGGGCCCGCGCGGACACGGCCCCUCCCCCCAAUAAAUGGAGAGAUGCCA